AUGGCGGCGGUCCUGGAUGCGAUGGUAUCCUUUGUGAUAGACACGCUGAUAAAGAUGCCAGCUGAUGAAAUGGCCAUGUUGUAUGGGGUUCCCGAUGAGAUGAACAAGCUGGAGGGAAAACUGCAGGACCUCAAGGCAGUGCUCGCUGACGCGGAGAGGAGACGCAUAACAGAGAAGGCCGUGCAGCGGUGGGUGCUGAUGCUGAAGGAUGUUAUGUACGAGGCAACUGACAUCCUUGACAUCUGUAUUAUUCAGGCUGAGGAGGGGCAGGAGUCCACCAUGUGUGCAGAAUCGAGGUGCUUCAAUCCCAUAUCAUUCUGCAUGCGGAAUCCUGUCUUCACCCAUGACAUUGGAACCCGCAUCAAGGAUCUCAACAAGAAGCUUGACAGCAUCUGCGAAAGCGGUGCUAAGUUCAACUUCAUUAGAAUGGAGCAGAAUAACCAGCAGGACAGGGGGAUGCUUACUCAUCCUGCCGGCAGUAAGACUUCGCCGGUGAUUGAGCGAUCGAGCUUGGUUGGGAAGAAAAUCGAAGAGGAUACAGUUGAUCUGGUGAAUAUGCUGACAGGCGAAUGGUGGAGCAAUCAUACAGAUGAUUACAUUGUGGUUGCCAUUUCUGGCCCUGGGGGCAUCGGCAAAACCGCAUUGGCCCAGAAUAUUUACAACCAUCAAACCAUCAAAAACAAAUUCAGCAUAAAGAUGUGGUUGAGUAUCACUCAGGCCUGCACUGAAACCGAACUUUUGAGGGAGGCCAUCCAUCAUGCUGAAGGACGAGAUUGCCAUGAUGAUGGGAAGUCUCGGCUUGAGUCAACACUUGCAGACACAAUCAGGGACAAGAAAACCUUUGUGGUACUAGAUGAUAUGUGGACUGCAGCAAAGUGGAACGAUGUGCUCAAGGCAUCCUUCAGUUACGUUGCUCGUGGAAGCCGAGUCCUUGUCACAACGAGAGAUGAUCGAGUCGCCCGUUCGAUGAAGGCUCAGUACCUCCACCAUGUUAACUACUUGGGGCCUCAAGACGCGUGGACCUUGCUCAAAAAAGAGGUCAGAAACGUUUCUUAUCUUUACUUUGAAUCAUCAAACAAUACACUUUUUUCUGCAAAUGUUUUGAAUAGCAAUGCUAAUGUAACUUACAUUGUCUGUUGA